GCCAGACAGUCACACACACACUCUAUGUAACGUGUGGAACGAGUGCACUCUCUCCCUGCGUGCGUACGGCCUUGUCUUACAUAUACUCCUCUUGCUAGCUACUCCACGACACGAAAGUACCAGAACACGCGCACACGCAGACGCACACAGAGCGAUCUAGCCCGAGAGAUAGAGAUGGCGGCCGGCGGCAUGAGCAGGGAGGAGAGGUGGAGCCUGGCCGGCGCGACGGCGCUCGUCACCGGCGGCAGCAAAGGCAUCGGCCAGGCGAUCGUGGAGGAGCUGGCGGGGCACGGGGCGCGGGUGCACACGUGCGCCAGGAGCGCGGCGGAGCUGGAGGAGUGCCGCCGCCGGUGGGAGGCCAAGGGGCUCCCGGUCACCGUCUCCGUCUGCGACGUCUCCCUGCGCGCCAGCAGGGAGCAGCUCGUGGAGACGGUCAAGCAAGUCUUCGGCGGCAAGCUCGACAUACUGGUGAACAACGCGGCACAGAUUCUUGCCAAGGCGGCCGUGGAGUGGACAUCGGAGGAGUACUCGCACCUCAUGGCGACCAAUCUAGAGUCGUGCUUCCACCUCAGCCAGCUCGCGCACCCCUUGCUCCUCAACGCCUCCAUCGCUGGAGGUAGCAUCGUCAACAUAUCCUCCCUUGGGGGCACACUUGGUUUCACGGGCCUUGCGCUUUACAGUAUGACAAAAGGAGGAAUAAACCAGCUUACAAGGAGCCUUGCUACUGAAUGGGCCCAGAACAAGAUCCGGGUGAAUUGCGUCGCCCCGGGCGCGACCAAGAGUGACAUGUUAAGCAGUCUCCCACUGGAGAUUAGAGAGAACGAGUUGGCGAGGACUCCAAUGCGGCGGGCAGGCGAGCCAGCGGAGGUGGCUGCAAUGGUGUCGUUCCUCUGCAUGCCGGCGGCAUCCUUCGUCACCGGCCAGGUCAUCGCCGUCGACGGUGGUCGGACAAUUAGUGCUUAGUUAAUUAGGAGUACCUUACCUGUAAACUCUUCUUCAGGUUGAUCAAAUAGUAAAGUAGCAGCAAGUAGUUAGCAAGGACCUGAGUGUUAUCCGCUAGUAUAAUUAUUUUGCCACAUUGUUGUUAGUUUUUAAUAUGUUUCUAAGGUUGAUUUGCC